AGUUUUGAAUUUGAAGGAAAGAUGGUGAGACCGUAUGGGAUUAAGGUGAACAACAAGAGGAAGGAGAGACACGAGAGGUAUGAUAAGGAAGAAGAUGAAGAAGAAGAUGAGCAGCCUAAGUUUGAGCAGAAACAAAAACAAAAAGAAAAGGUGAAGAAGGCCAAAAGAGAAGCUACCUCGGAGGAAGAUGAUGAAGAGAAGGAAGCAGAACAUGAGCUUGAUGUGGGGAUACCUGUUGUCGUGUCUGAAAAUAAGAAGGACCAGACUGGUGUUAUCUUUGUGCUUGAGAAGGCCUCUCUUGAAGUUGCCAAAGUUGGAAAGACUUACCAGCUACUAAACUCUGAUGACCAUGCUAAUUUCUUGAGGAAGAAUGGUAGAGAUCCUGCUCAUUACAGGCCAGACAUCACUCAUCAGGCUCUUUUGAUGAUUUUGGAUAGUCCGGUCAACAAGGCUGGGAGGUUGAAAGCGGUUUAUGUUAAGACAGAACAAGGUGUUCUUUUUGAAGUUAAGCCACAUGUUCGUAUACCAAGAACUUACAAGCGGUUUGCUGGAAUCAUGUUGCAAUUGCUACAAAAGCUUAGCAUUAGUGCAUCUGGCAAGCGUGAGAAACUUUUGCGGGUGAUCAAGAACCCUGUUACAAGCCACUUACCGCCUAACUCUAGAAAAAUAGGCUUCUCGUAUAGCUCUGAAAAGCUGGUCAAUAUGCAGAAGCACCUAUCUACUGUCUGCAAUGAGACCGACACUGUUUUUGUGCUUGGUGCGAUGUCACACGGGAAAAUAGAGUGUGACUAUAUCGAUGAUUUUGUUGCCAUUUCAGGGUAUCCUCUUAGCGCAGCCUACUGUAUCUCAAGAAUCUGCGAGGCUUUAUCAACAAACUGGAAUAUAAUAUAAAAAGAGUAUUAGCAAGAAGGUCCCUUUUGUUUUUCUCCCUACUGUUCUAAUGGUGGAAUCAGUUUAAGUUUGUGUGUUGUGAACAUUGUUAAAUCUAUUAUCAAGUUUUUGAGUUAGUUUUUUGUCAGAAUUUACAAAUAAAUAUAUUGAUUAAGCUCUUUAUCAAC